AUGAGUUUAAUCCAAUAUAAUCUUCUUAUAACGAGAAAUGUUUUAGCAGAAAUCUUAAGCGAUUUUAUUUCUGAUUUAAAAGGCUUAAAACUAACAAAAUCAAUUCAAAAAUUCAAAUCUGAGCUUUAUCCGAAAAAAAGAAUGUUUCAAGAACUUGAGGCGAUGGAAGGAUUCAAUUUCCAUUUCUCCAUCAUCACGCUCUUGGGUUUCGUUGUCGAUAACGCAUUAACGAUUUAA